ACUGCACUUGUGUGUGUGUUAAAAUUUGCCGAAAUUAUAGUCGCACGAAUAAAUUUAAUGCAGUUUUGUGAAAAUAUUCCACAAAUAUAAAAACAUAUUAACGGAAAACAAGUUAAAUCGUAGACUAAAACUUCGACUAUUUAGUUUAUCAGUGCAAAAAGAGUGGUAUGAAGUAAAACAUUUACGCAUUGUGAGUAACAAAAAAAGAAGAAAUUUAGCAGGAGCUCAUUGUGUAUAGUGCUCGUGCAAAAUGGAAAACGUCGUCGCCUUUAAUAAUGAGCUCUCAAGCCUCUAUGACCAAAAACCGCCUAUUUCCAAGGCCAAAAUGGCCGCCAUCACCAAAUCGGCUAUGCGAGCCAUCAAAUUCUAUAAGCAUGUGGUACAGAGUGUGGAAAAAUUUAUACUUAAAUGCAAACCGGAAUAUAAAGUUCCCGGUCUUUAUGUGAUUGAUUCCAUAGUACGCCAAUCACGGCAUCAAUUUGGACCCGAUAAAGAUGUUUUUGCGCCACGUUUUGCACGUAACAUUACAGAAACAUUUGCGAAUCUAUUUCGCUGUGCUCCCGAUGAUAAAAGUCGUAUUAUACGUGUGCUCAAUCUGUGGCAAAAGAAUAAUGUUUUUGCGCCGGAAGUCAUACAGCCAAUUUUUGAUUUGGCCGAUCCUAAUCAUCCAAUUUACCAAUUAGCGCCACCAGGCGCUGCUGGUGGCACGGCUGGUGAUAUCCCCUCUGGCGCUGCGAACGGUUUGAAUACUUCAUCUACCUCUAUGGAAAUAAACUUAAAUGCUUCGGGCUCCAGCGAUGAUAAGCAUGGAGGCAUGCCUGAUUUAUCGUUAAUGAGUCACGAGAAAGCACAGAAUGUGCUUGAUAAUAGUACAUUGCGACAACUAGAGCAUAUGCAACAAUAUCUAAAGCGUCAUAGUGCACCAGCGACCACCGUUAGUUCAACCAAGUCACGUGAAAUGCGAGAAUCACGAGAUAUGCGUGAGAUAAGAGAAUCCAGAGAGCUGCGUGAAAUGCGUGAUUCCCGGGAUUCACGCGAGCACCGUGAAUUGCGUGAAACACGUGAAAUUCGAGACAUACGUGAAGUACGUGACUCGCGUGAGUUGCGCGAUUCUCGUGUAGAUCGAGAUGCUCAUGAAUAUGCACGCCUGAUUGAUAGCGGCGCCAAUGCUUGCAUUGGCAGUAGCGGCCGGAAUCCUAAUAGUAGCGGAAAUGUUGGUGCAAGCAGCAGUAUAUUAUCAGGUGUUGGUGGUGGUGCCAAUAAGUUACAACAUGCUGAAACAUAUGCAAAGUAUUCGAAAACCACGCAUGAAGUCAUAAUCGAAGAUGAUGACGGUCCAGAAAAUACUAACUCACCGAAGCAUGCAUCUAAAAUAAUCGAUAACAACAACUUGCAGCAGCUGCUUAACGAUCCGAAUGUCUUACUCCAACUACAAACAUUACAAAAUUUUCAAAAAAUGAAGCAGCAAGAAGAGCAGCAAUACAAAAUGAACGAAAUGCGCAUGCAGGAGAAGGAAUUUGAAAAGCAUUUACAAACUGUGUUAAAGACACAAGCUGCUGUACAUGGCGUCACCGCUGAUUCGAAUGAAUUCAACAAAGAAGUGGAAUUCGUAUCAGUUGAGCAAAAAAUUGAGGUUAUCAAUUUGGAUGGCAACGAUUCACGCAGCCCCUCACCAUCCCACGACCGUGAUCGCUACAAGUCUUCUCGUCGUCGCAGCAGCCGCAGUCGUUCCCGCUCUCGUGAUCGUGGUCGCCGUCGGCGUUCGCGAUCUCGUUCGCGCAGCCGAUCACCACGCGGCUCUUAUAGGCGACGCGGCUCCUCACGCGAUCGUGAUCGUGAUCGUAGUGAACGCAGCAGUUUAAGGGAUAAGGAAAAGGAACGUGAACAUGAACGUGAACGUCGUAGGAAGGGAUUACCGGAUAUAAAGAAGGAGCAUUUGAGUGUUUGUAGUACUACACUUUGGGUUGGCCAUCUCUCAAAACUUGUCUACCAGGAGGAAUUAUCCGAUACAUUUGGCGCUUACGGCGAUAUCGUGAGCAUUGAUUUGAUUGUGCCGCGCGGUUGUGCAUUUAUAGUGAUGAAUAGACGUCAGGAUGCGCAUAAGGCUAUGCAAAAUUUGAAAAAUCACAAACUCCAGGGUCGUGCCAUCACUAUCUCUUGGGCCGCCGGUAAAGGUGUCAAAAGCAAAGAAUGGAAAGACUUUUGGGAUUUAGAAUUGGGUGUUACCUACAUCCCUUGGUCUAAAUUGGAUACCGAUACAGAUUUUGAUGCAUUAGAGGAAGGCGGUAUGUUUGAUGAGGACUCCAUGCCCGGCUGGGUGAAGGAUAAAAUUAAUCACAUGAAGAGUUUAAAGGAGAAAGCUGUAGAUAGUAUGGCCAAUAUGCCAACAGGUGCACCUCCGGCUGCAGCAGCUGGCAAUGCUGGUUUACUGUUUGGCAUCGAUACCACACAACCGCCACCUGGACCACCACCAGCAAGUGGUCCGCCACCAAAAAUGCCAAUAAUGCCUGUACAAUUUCCAAUGGCGCCUCCGAUGGGCGGUCCCCCGCGCAUGCUCGGUCCCAUGGGUCCGAUGCCCAUCGCCGGUAUACCCAUGCCGCCGAACAUGGUACCCGGCAUGCCACCACCACAUCCAAUGAUGAUGCCAGCAGGCAUAAUGCCACAAGGUUUUCCACCCAUACCGGGUCAGAUAACUGGAGGUAAUGGACCACCACCUGGUAUGGGGCCGCCGAUGGGAAUGCCACCGCCAGGCGGGCCAGGUCCUUAUCAUCCACCACCGAAUGCAAUAGCAAUAGCAGGCAUUGUUCCGCCACCGGUGGCAGCCAAUGCCUCAAGUAGCGACGACCAAAUGGACAUUGAAAUGGAUGAAGAGGACGGCCCGAGCUCUGCAAAUAUACCAACACCAGUGAGUGCGCCCUCAAUAAAUUUUAACCAACCACCACCAAUGUUUACCGGUCCAGGUGGUGCUCCCGGUGCCGAUAAUAGUGUUGGUGAUAUCUUUAGUCGCGAUCGAAAUCGGGAACGUGGUGCCGCUGGUGGAAGUAGCCGCUGGAGCGAACGAGGUGGUGCCCGUGAAGAGGUAGAUUUAGUAGAAGCCGCGAAGAGAUGGCGUGAAAAUGGCGGACAGUCUAAUUUUAAUGAAGGUGGCAGUAUGGGUGGAGGUCCACCAAACUUUAACGAUGGUGGCAUGGGUGGACCACCGAAUUUCAACGAGGGAGGUAUGGGUGGUGGACCACCUAAUUUCAAUGAGGGUGGUAUGGGUGGUGGACCACCUAAUUUCAAUGAGGGUGGUAUUGGUGGCGGACCACCUAAUUUUAACGAUGGCGGACGUGGUGGUAGAGGCGGCGGGCCAAUGAACAUACAAGCGCUUGAUAUAAACAAUCCACCACAUCGUCCUGAUUUUAUGAAUGAUUUUGAUGGUCGUGGGGGACCGCGCGGGGGUCCGGGUGGACCACGUGGGGGCGGCAAUCACAACGGUGACUUCUUUCCCAAUAUGCAGAAUCGUUUCAAUCAGCCAACCAGUCUUAUGCAAAUGCGUAUACCACCGCCGAACGCGUUUAACCAACGUAUGGGUGGACCCGCUGGCGGACCCAUGUUCAUGCGUGGUGGUCAUGGCGGACCAGGAGGCGGUCCUGGUCAAGCUCAAGCUCCAGGAAGGCAAGGUUUCUUCAAUCCGCGUAACCCGUUUGACCGUGAUGUGCCCGGCGGUCGUGGUGGUAGAGGUGGCCGAGGUGGUCGUGGCGGUGGUCGCGGCGGCGGCAACAUGGGUGGUCACGGUGCGCCAGGUAGCUGGAGCGACGAAGAAGGCGAUGAUGGCAACAUGUUUAAGCGUCGUGGACUUGGUGGUCCAGGUGGUAACCGCUUCCGCGAUCGCGAUGGGCCCGAAGAAUGGCAUGGACGCGGUGGUCCUGGUGGCAAUCGUAGAGGCGGAGGUCGUGACCGUUCCGAACGUGGCGAUCACCGCGAUAACGAACGAGGUGACCGUGACCGCAGUCGAGGUGCAGACAGACGUAACUCACGCGACGAAUCUCGUGAAUCAACAAAAUCAAAUUCCAAAUUUAAGGACACUGAAGACGAUUGGGAUCUAGAGUUAGAGGAAUACAAACCAGAAAGCACAGCAAAGCAAUCAGCGAGAGAUGCUAAUAAUAGUAAGAUAGUGAAGAACAAAGAAGACAAUGUUGAGACCACAGCCAAGAAGUCUAAUGAAGAUAUUGAAGAAGUGCAAAAGAACGAGCCCACUACUUUAAAUGUGGUGGAAGGGCCAGCAUUGACGGAACCGAAACAAGAAUUGCCACCAGUCGAAAGAGAGUCACAUGAUACGCCUCAAUCACAGCCAGCAAAAGAAGAUGCCGCACCCGAGCCAGCACCUGCCCCCGCACCAGAAGCGCCAGCGCCUUCUAUUUCACAAACGGUUGAUGAAAGCAAUAAAAAAUUGGAGCCAGCGCCAGAAAUGCCUGUAGUAGAGAAAGUGGCAAGCAAUGAAGGAGACGCCGCAACGCAAUCAACGGGCGGGGAGGCGGAAAAGCCAAGUGAAUAAGAUUAGGGCAUUAUGUUGUUAAGCAAGGGUGAACAGAGAACAAACUCACGUACAUAUUAAAUGUUAGCAAAACAAUUAUUAUAAUAAUUUUAUGAAACAUGCAUAAAUCUUAAAGAAAGUUAUAUAAAAAAUAGACAAAUAAUACUUUUUUGCUUCAUUUGUAAAAUGAGUAUAGCAAGUUUUAUUAUUAUUAUUAUUAUUUUACUUAUUACUACUUUGAAGCCUGAGUUUUACCAUAUGAAAAAAAGAAUUUUUUUUUGUAUAAAGGUUACUGAAGUCACAAGCCGCGCGAAGACUAGAAAAAAAUACGAUUAUAUUUCUGUAGAAACAGAAAUUUACGUAGACGAUUCAGUCAGCUAAUAUAUGUUAAAUGUUACUUUUUGUUUUUAUUUUACGCGGUAUAACCUAAAAGCGGGGAGUAGAAUUUUUAACACAAAUCCAACCAUGAAGACAAACUUAAAAUUCCAUACAUACUAUAAACCAAAUUGAAACAAUUAUUUAAUGGGUACUACUACCUAUUGGGUAGACAAAACCCCCAUAAACAGAUUAUUCCCAAAAAAAAACUAGUAAAAAUAAAGUUUUGUUAUAUAUAAAGUUUCCAUUGCUUCAAAGCUUAGCUUAGGAAACAACUAUCUACGUUAGAAACAACAAAAUAUUUAAUUUUACUUAAAUGUUUUGAUUUGAAACACAAAUACAAGAUCACUUAUCACGCUGACAAUUGAUGAGAAAGAAGAGCGCUUAAAAUAAAAGCCCAACAAUCGAGCAAAUCCGGUUCGAUUCCAAAUUGAUUAUAGAUUUAAAUUUUGAACAAUAUAUCACAUUAUCAUACAAAAAAUAUGAAGCGAAACUAAGAACUAGUAUAUACAUAUGUAUAACCAUUUAGAUUACUGCAAAUUAUCGUAUAUGUAAUACAGAUAACAUUUGAUGAAAUAAAUAUACAAAUGAAAAUGG